CCAGAAUGUUCUAAUCUUAAAAGGUCCACCGAGUUUCAAACAGAAAACCUAAAAUUGUUUCAAGGAUUAAUUUAUAUUUUUAGGUAGUGAAAUGCCACUGCAGAACAAUUUGUAUCCAGUUUCAAAAUCCAGAAAGCUUAUCACUGUGGUCAUUGUCCAAAAGAUUGGUUUACAUACUCCAACAAUUGCUAUUACAUUAGCACUGAAAGAAAACCAUGGAAUGAGAGUUUCUUGUCCUGUGCUUCUAAGAACUCUGCUCUACAUAGAUGAGAAAGAGGAAAUGGGAGAGCACAGGGGGAGGGGCAGAUGGAGAAGGAGAGAUAGAGAAUCUCAAGCUGACUCUGUGCUGAGCAUGCAGCCAAUGCAGGGCUGGAUCUCAUAACUCUGAGCUCAUGACCUUUGCUGAAAACAAGCGUCAGGUGCUUAAACAAUUGACCCUACCCAGUGUCUUUAUAUGUCUUUUUCUGC